CAGGAAUGAACCUGGGAGCUUCAGGCUUGCAAGUCUCCUGCUCCACCAGCUGAGCUACUUAACCCUGACUGCACUCCUGAUUUUUAGCCAAAAGAUUUGACCUGCCAGCUCUGACCUCCAUUUGCAGUUGACAAUGGCAACAGGCUGUUAAUACUUUCCUCUGGUGGCCGGCCUGCACUGUACUUGUCACUCUCUCUGGGCUUUCUCCACAGUUGUGGCGGUUUACCUGAAGGAGAAGUGGUGGACCACGGAAGAUGUGCUCAGAACCUCUGACCCUGCCCGAGGAGGUCUAAUGAAGGUUCAGUCAUUUGGAGAAAGGAUCGUGCUUUUUCUUCUGAACGUCGUUAUUUUUGGAAGGCUGGAGAGAGAUCUGGACAAUGAUGGCAUGUUUUUCUUACCUCACUCUGGGAAGGAGCACGCUAAGAUCCUGUGGCAAGAUGGAGCAGCUGUGGGCUUUUACACCAGCAAAAUGAAAGGCAGCCUGUGUGGUGAUGGCACAGGGGUAUGCUACCUGCUGCCGGUCUUAGACACCGUGUUUGUCAGGCGGAGACAUCGUCGUCAGGGCUUGGGCCUGGCCAUGCUGCGGGACUUCUGUGAGACUUUCCCUGAAGAGGAGGCCCUGGGCGUCAGCUGCCCCAUCUCUCUAGCCAUGAUCCAAGUCUGCAGCAAGUUCCUGUCUGCCCAUCCAGAGGAGAGGGGGCGCCUGUGGGAGGUGGAGCCCCCUGGAGCCUGGGGUCAGCGGAUCAACAUCUGGUUGAAGAUUCAGCUUCAGCGGGGCCGACCUACAGACCGUCUACUGCCGAAGUCCCAGCUGAUGAAUACAUUGGACAUUUACUGCAACUACACGACCUGUUGCCCAGAUGUUUGGGACUCUGUGCUCCACAAGUGCCCAGCUGCUAAGGUCCCCUUUCCACAAGCACUGGUCUGCAGUGACCUGUUGGUUUCAGAACAGCCUCUGUCUUCACUUGAGGUCACAACCCCAGGAAGAGGGAAAGGAUGACGGGGGCCAUCGGGCUCAGGUUGGAGCUAAAGAGAGACAAGAGCUGAAUGAAGGACACAUUUCAGACCAUGGGAGAAUGACGCUGCCUGCCGGUCUCUCGCUCCCCACUGAGCGCCGCGGUAACUGGACUGUAGCUUUUUCCAAAGUUUAUGGAGUCCUGGAGCGACUUAUUACUGAACUGGUCAAUUAAUCUAUUUUUGUGUGCUUUUAUUUAUUUAUUUAUUUUGUCUUUAAUGAGUUCAGGGAUUUCCUUUAGCAGCAAAUCACCAGGCAGCCUGACUAAAUGCCCAGAGCUCAGGGACUAGCUGGCUUCUACUUCUGGGAAAUUCUCUUUGACAAAGAUAGGAGGAAGCGGACAACCCUCUCUGCUACAAGUGGCAAAUUGGGACUGAUCUGAAAAACAGAGGGGAGGGUAUCUCCUGUCAGAGGUGGGCAUCAGGGGUGGGGUGGGGAACCCCCAGGAAGCCGAUUUCUCUAGUUUAG